GUCAGAAGACUUUUUAUUUACUCUUAGUUUAGUCAUAGAAGUACUUUUAUUGAAAAGUCUGAAAACGGAUGGCACCCAAUUGGAUGCACAAAUGACAAAUGGUGUCUCGCUCCAAUACAUAUGAUAGUCACAUUUGGGAAUAUAUUAGAAAAACUAUGCUUUUCUCUGAGGGCACUGUCGCAGGGGUUUGCAUGGUGUCCAAGGCAUUUUCCAAAAUUUGAUUUUUUUUCUUAAUUUUGUUGACACAUUUUUAUAAGUUUCUUUCCAUUGAGUGGAUUGCGUGCAUUUCGUUGCGGGAGAGUAAUAAAGGGGUUAAGGAAGGUAAAGUGGAAAGUGUAUCAGUAUGGAAGAAAAUGAUCAUAGCAACAGAGAUGCAGAGCGCCAAGGGUCGGCGGAUGAGUCAAACAGAGCUAUCCUACCCCUUUUACAAGCGCCUGGCAACCUACAGAUCCAGCAUCGAGUCACCAAUUUCUUCAUCGAUAACAUCUUACGACCGGACUUCGGGCGAAAGAAAGAGGGAAACUCAAACCGUGAAGAUAAUAGCCUCGCUACUAGAGAGAACCACAGCCCCGCCGCUCCGCGAACGGAGCAAGUAGGGAGUACUGUACCAGCGGAGGGGACUUCUACUCCUCAUGCAGUCGGCGGGGCAAAGAAGGCUGCAAUAGAGACAGAAGAGUCUCUGAAACCCCGCGGAGAGAAUGGAGAUCAGUGCCUAAGCUCGGACUCGGAUAGUUCUCAAGCCAGCUCAAAUCCACCAACCAAUCAGCCAAUGCUCUGGCCAGCUUGGGUUUACUGCACCAGAUACUCUGACAGGCCUUCGUCAGGGCCGAGAUCUCGAAAACCAAAGAAGAAAACUGCCAGCAAAGAGGACAAGCGACCAAGGACGGCCUUUACAGCUGAACAGCUACAGAGACUAAAAACCGAGUUUCAAACAAACCGGUAUCUCACCGAGCAGAGGCGGCAGAGCCUGGCGCAAGAACUCGGCCUUAAUGAAUCUCAAAUCAAAAUCUGGUUCCAGAACAAAAGGGCCAAAAUCAAGAAAGCCAGUGGCACAAAAAACAGUCUGGCCUUGCACCUGAUGGCACAAGGACUGUACAAUCACGCUACCACUUCAAAAGACGACAAAUCAGACAGCGAUUGAUUUCGAGAUGGGAUAAAUCAGUUUAUUAAGCCUACAAUGCAAUAAUUUCAUCGAAUCAAGGGCCACUGUAUAGAGUAUACCAGCAUACAUUGAUACAAUAUAUAUAGAUAUCUCUGCAAUAUCAUAUAAAAAGAUGUUGUAUAAAAGUAUGUUUUCAAUAUACUGUAGACGUUGUCUUCUCCCAGGAAGUACAAAGGCUUACACUUCAUUUUAUACUGCUAUUCAUUUUCAUUUCUACA